UUUUUUUGUUUGAGAAACAGGGGCUCAGACUUUGACUCAGACUUUUUCGACUCAGACUUUUUCACAAUGAGCAGCAGCAACAAGCCGCCGUCGCAGGUGAACGAUCUGGAUCUGGCCUUCCGCCGGACGUGGGAUCGCGCAGAGUACGAGCAGCGCAUGAAAGACCGCCAGAAGAGCGAGGAAGACCGGCGCUGGGACAGCGACGACAGCGACGAUGACAAGCCGAAAGCGCUGCUGAAAGGGCGCGAGUACAAGAUCGACCUGACGAGCAAGCUGGGCAAGUCGGUCGUGCUGACAGACAAGGACGCCAUCACGGGCGCCGGAUACUAUUGCAAGACAUGCGAUUGCACGCUCAAGGACUCGUUGACGUACAUGGAUCACAUCAACGGUCGCAAACACCAACGCAACCUGGGUAUGAGUAUGAAAGUGGAACGGUCGUCGAAUGAUCAAGUCAAGGCCAGGUUGGCGGCACUGGCCAAGCGCAAGAACGAGGACUACGACGACUCUCGACCAAAAACUGGCCAAGUUGGAGCACACGUGGACAAGAAGGGACGACAGGACGACGACAAACAGGACAGCAAGCCAGCAUCGAAACCAAAAGCUGCUGCUGCUGCUGCUGCUGCUGCACCGCCAUCACAACCUGAGGAAGAGGAGGACUCUGGCAUGGAUCCAGAGUUGGCCAGAAUGAUGGGCUUUUCAGGGUUUGGUUCCUCCAAAAAGUAAUUCAUAAACACCAA